AUGUCAUCCCGGUCUCCUUCAUUUUUUCUUCCCAACUCAACUUCCUGCCGAGUUCUCGACCGCUUUAGCGACUUACCCGACGAUAUACAAGUCGAAGAGGAUGACGAGGGUAAAGUUCCAUUCUGGCCGCUUCUUUGUCACCUUAUCAGCACUCCAUUGUCGAGUAUUGUGCAACUCAUAGACCGGCUACAGACAAUUUCCGCAAAUGCAGAAACAUGUCAAGAUGGGGAUUAUGCCUUUCUGAAGAAGUUCCUGCAAGACCAAGAUGAACCUAAGAUUCUUGAUAUUACAUGGCCCAAGAUCCGAGAUAUUGCCCUUGAUCUUCCGGUUUAUUUCCCUAAUGGACAACUUGAACUUCUUCGAGCAGACUCUCCGCUUCGCUUGAGCCGUGGUCAAGUCGCUUGUCUUGUGGCCCACCAGUUUCUCUGUUCAUCGGUACCUCAGAGGAGUGAUGAUGGUUACCAAGAUCUAGGUAUCUGGUACUCAUCGGAGCAGAGACAUCCCACUGCGGUACAGAUGUACCUUGAGGCUCUAUUUAUAUACUUUGAUGAUCUGCCAACAGCAAAAGAUCUACUAGAGGAUUACAAAAUUGGUCCAGAUGAGAUUCACAGCGCCGUCUCAUACGAGCUUCACCAGAGCAGUCAAGUGUCUUUGUCCACUGCUAAACUGGAACCAGUGCAGGUUAGAUACCUGGACAUCCACACGUCGGAUACCCACCACCCUCACGUUCAAGGGAAAGGAGGGGCCGUCGUUGUCUCAUCAAAUAAGGUCCUUGGCUUCGGCCAGUCAGCUACUCAGGAAGAGAUAUUCGUUGGUAUUGCCCCGGAGGCAUACCCUGUUGUUCUAGUAGCACCUCAUCUGACUGACAACACAGUCAUCACCGUUUCGGGUGCAAGAGCAAUGGUGGAUGUCAGAGGUCAACGGCGUAAUAUCGAGUGGGAGGGCCGUCCUGUGUUAUCUCUUAAUAACCAGAAACCUUGGCAAGGAGGACGUCUUGUCUUUAUGGACGCUCUGGAGAUGGACAUGGUCGAACACUCAUCGAGUAACGACCUACCCGAUCUAUAUCCCGAGAACAUCGAUCGUGAGAUCAACAAGGCAAUAAACGGGUUUACCUCCUACAACGGUGAUUCUGUGUUUACUGGUCUCUGGGGCUGCGGUGCUUUUGGUGGUGACCCGGGGGUGAAAUUGGUAGUCCUAUGGCUUGCAGCAGGGGCGUCAAAUAUUGAGCUCAAGGUAGUGGUCGGGCCUGGAGAACAUCAUCUCGGGAAAGAGCUGGAGGGUGUAGUCAAGGCUUGUAAUGACUUGACUGUCAAUGACGUGCGAGAGAUGCUAUUGAGAGUACCCAAAGAGUUACGGCGUGAAGGGAUUCUAGAGUGGAUUGCGGAAGAAGCUUCAAGGGUUUCUCAACAUCAGACGAUAUGA